AUGUCCUCGGCCGGCCGCCUCGCGGGCAAGAAUGCCAUUGUCACCGGUGCUGCUGGUGGCAUCGGCUUAGAAACAACAAUCUUGUUCGUCAAGGAGGGCGCCAAUGUCCUCAUGUCGGACAUCUCGGCCCCGGCACUCGAAAAGGCCCUCGCCAAGGUCAAGCAGCUGCUACCCGAUACCACGGCCCGCGUCGAGACUGUGGUCUGCGACGUCUCCAAGGAAACCCAGGUGAAGGCCAUGGUCGAGAGCCUCGACGCUUGGGGCGGCCUCGAUGUGAUCUUCAACAACGCGGGCAUCAUGCACGCGCACGACGACGACGCCGUGGAGACCCCCGAGGAGAUCUGGGACCUGACCCACAAUAUCAACGUCAAGGGCGUGUGGUUCGGUAGCAAGCACGCAGUGCUGUCGUUGCGGCGCCACAAAAAGACCAAGGGCUCCAUCAUCAACACGGCGUCGGUGGUCGCACUCGUCGGCUCGGCCACCCCGCAGCUCGCCUACACGGCAUCCAAGGGCGCGGUGUUGGCUAUGACACGCGAGCUAGCGAUUGUGCACGCGCGUGAGGGCUUCCGGUUCAACUCACUGUGCCCGGCGCCACUCAACACCCCGCUGUUGCAGGACUGGCUGGGCGACGACAAGCCGAAGCGGGCGCGGCGCGAGAUCCACUUCCCGACAGGCCGGUUUGGCGAGGCCAUUGAGCAGGCGCAGGCCGUUCUGUUCCUGGCGUCGGACGAGUCCAGCUUUGUCAACGGGCACGACAUGGUGGUAGACGGUGGUAUGACCAAGGCGUACGUGACGCCCGAGGGCCCAGCUGCCGGUGCGCCGGUCAACAACGCCCUGCGGGACUCUCUGUGA